AGGUCGCGGCCAUGCUGCGGGCGCUGCGGGCCGGGCUGGCGCCCGGGGGGCGGCCUCAGCGGCGGCGGCUGCAGCGGCAGUUGCUCCUGAACUCCUGCAGGCACUGUUCUUCGGGAGUCCUCCCCAACGAGAGGAUCCGCAACAUCGGCAUCUCGGCCCACAUCGACUCGGGGAAAACCACGUUAACGGAGCGAAUCCUCUUCUACACGGGCAGGAUAGCGCAAAUGCACGAGGUGAAAGGUAAGGAUGGAGUUGGAGCUGUCAUGGAUUCAAUGGAGCUGGAGCGACAGCGUGGAAUCACGAUUCAGUCUGCAGCAACGUACACCAUGUGGAAAGACACCAACAUCAACAUCAUAGACACGCCAGGGCACGUGGACUUCACAAUUGAAGUGGAGAGGUCUUUGAGAGUUCUGGAUGGAGCUAUCCUGGUUCUCUGUGCUGUUGGAGGAGUUCAGUGCCAGACAAUAACUGUGAACAGGCAAAUGAAGCGUUACAGCGUGCCCUUCUUAACCUUCAUCAAUAAACUGGACAGGCUGGGCUCUGAUCCGGGCAGAGCAGUACAGCAGUUGAGAUCCAAGUUAAAACACAAUGCAGCUUUUGUUCAGAUUCCCAUUGGGCUGGAGGGAAACUUUAAAGGAAUUAUAGAUCUGAUUGAAGAAAAAGCUGUGUAUUUUGAUGGUGCACUUGGGCAGACGCUUCGCUAUGAUGAGAUUCCCGCUGAGUUCAGAGCAGAGGCUGCGGAGAGACGCCGGGAGCUGAUCGAGUGUGUUGCUGACUCUGAUGAUCAGCUUGGGGAGCUGUUCUUGGAAGAAAAGAUUCCUACAGUUGCCGAGUUAAAGCUUGCAAUCAGAAGAGCAACACUGAGCAAGUCCUUCACCCCAGUACUGCUGGGAAGUGCUUUAAAGAACAAAGGAGUACAGCCACUGCUGGAUGCUGUCCUGGAGUACCUCCCCAACCCUGCCGAGGUUGAGAACUAUGCUAUUCUUAACCAGGGUGAUUCUGAGGACCAAACCAAGUUUCUAUUGAAGUCUGCUCGAGACAAUUCCCAACCCUUUAUAGGCCUUGCUUUCAAACUGGAGGCCGGCCGCUUUGGGCAGCUCACCUACAUCAGAGUGUAUCAGGGCAUGCUGAAGAAAUCCGAUUACAUCUAUAACACCCGGACUGGGAAGAGAGUGCGUGUGCAGAGACUUGUCCGGAUGCAUUCAGACAACAUGGAGGAUGUGAAUGAAGUUUAUGCAGGAGACAUAUGUGCACUGUUUGGAAUUGAUUGUGCCAGCGGGGACACGUUCAGUGACAAAACCAGCACUGACAUUUCCAUGGAAUCGAUUCACAUCCCCGAUGCCGUCAUUUCAGUAGCUAUGAAGCCUUCCAACAAGAAUGACUUUGACAAGUUUGCCAAGGGCCUGAGCCGCUUCACAAGGGAAGAUCCCACGUUCAGAACCCACUUUGAUGACGAGAGCAAAGAGACCAUCGUUUCAGGAAUGGGGGAGCUGCACUUGGAAAUCUAUGCCCAGCGAAUGGAAAGGGAAUAUGGAUGCCCCUGCACCAUGGGAAAGCCAAAAGUUGCCUUCAGGGAGAACAUCUGUGCGCCUGUGCCGUUUGAAUAUACACACAAGAAGCAGACGGGCGGUGCUGGUCAGUAUGGCAAAGUCAUAGGUGUCCUGGAGCCCCUGGAUCCAGAGGACUACACAAAAUUGGAGUUUGAAGACAGAACCGUCGGCACAAAUAUCCCAAGACAAUUCGUGCCCGCUGUUGAGAAGGGGUUCCGAGAUGCGUGUGAAAAGGGGCUGGUGUCAGGGCACAGGAUAUCUGGAGUCCGCUUUGUCCUAGAAGAUGGUGCACAUCACAUGGUGGACUCUAAUGAAAUCUCCUUCAUCAGAGCAGGAGAAGGAGCCCUAAAGCAAGCGAUGGAAAACGCGACGGUGCGUGUUCUGGAGCCCAUCAUGGCAGUGGAGGUGAUGGCACCCAUGGAGUUCCAGGGAGUGGUGGUGGCUGGCAUCAACCGCCGCCAUGGCAUCAUCACGGGGCAGGAUGGCACAGAGGGCUACUUCACUCUCUAUGCUGAGGUGCCGCUGAAUGAUAUGUUUGGAUAUGCCAGUGAGCUGAGGUCUUGCACAGAGGGAAAGGGAGAAUACACAAUGGAAUACUGUAAAUACCAGCCUUGCUCACCCAGCACACAAGAAGAAGUAAUUAACAAAUACCUGGAAGCCACGGGGCGACUUCCUGCAAAAAAGGGCAAAGCCAAGAGCUGAGUUUUUUUCCUCCUGAGUCCAUUGAACAGUUUUUCCCAACCUUCCCUCACAGCUCCUUUGCCCAAGCCAGAGAAGCCAGCAAGGCAGCUGGACGAGGCUGCUGGAGGAGCACAGGCUGCAGUGCCACUUGGGCUGGUGAAUCAUCACCAGGAUGUAUUGUCCUGCCUUUGAGGUGCUCUCAGAAGCCCUCAGGGGCUGCCAGUGGAGCUGUUCACCUGUAAAUGCUGCUUGUUAAGGAAAUACAGCAAUGUUUAAACACA